AUGUCCGCGCAUCUGCAAUGGAUGGUCGUGCGGAACUGCUCCAGCUUCUUGAUUAAGAGGAACAAGCAGACGUACAGCACCGAGCCGAAUAACCUGAAGGCGCGCAACUCCUUUCGCUACAAUGGGCUCAUUCACCGCAAGACCGUGGGCGUGGAGCCAGCGGCGGACGGCAAAGGGGUCGUGGUGGUGAUGAAGCGGAGAUCCGGCCAGCGCAAGCCGGCCACUUCCUAUGUGCGGACCACCAUCAACAAGAACGCCCGGGCCACCCUCAGCAGCAUCCGACACAUGAUCCGAAAGAACAAGUACCGCCCGGAUUUGCGCAUGGCCGCCAUCCGCAGAGCCAGCGCCAUCCUGCGCAGCCAGAAGCCUGUGAUGGUGAAGAGGAAGCCGAGCCGUCCCACCAAGAGCUCCUGA